GGGACCCAGGAGUCCUGGACUCCCAAAGGUCUCCGUGUCCCAGCUGCGCCCCUCCCCCAGCUUGCCCAGGAUGGAAGACUUUCUGUGGCCAGGGCGCUUGGAGAGGAGCCGCUGCCCCCCAGAUCCCACGGUCAGCUGGCCGGACAUCAGGGAGCACCCCUGGGUGCCAGGCUGGGCAGACCAAGGCUGGGCACAAGAGCCCCCCCCCCUCUCCUGGGGGGGACAAUCCGCCAACACACGAGCAAUCAGGAGAGAGAGAAGGGGGCAGCCGGGAGGUUCAGUGGUUAGAGCCAGGCCCGGAGGUGGGAAGUCCUGGGUUCUAAUCUGCCCUCAGACACUCCCUAGCCCUGGCCCGGCCCUUGCUGCUCUUCUGCCUUAGAACCAGUUCACAGUGUUGAUUCCAAGAUGGAAGUUCAGGGGUUAGAGAGAGAGAAGGCCUAGAAUCAGGAGAGUUUGGGAAAGGAAGGGCCUGGCCCAUCACACAGGUAGCAAGGAGGCCUGGGAUUUGAACCCGGCUCCUCUGACCCCAGGUCCGAUGACUGCAGCAGCCCAUGAGGAACUAUAGAAAACCUUCCCUUGGAGUCAUCCUUCCCCCUGGAGCAGGGGCAGGGCACGUGAAUCCCCCCUCGGGAGAGGAUGAACCUGUCCCCGGGCUCUAACCAGGGUGGGCUUCUUGGAGGAAGAGGGCACCCUGGGGGAUGUCCUGGAGCAAGUCAGUGCCAUUGUAGGUGGGCAGUGAGGAAGCAGCUCCUGCACCCUCCCCCGGCAGACACCCAACCCCAUGGGAUAGCAAGGUGUCCUCGCCCCCAGGAUGCCAGGGAGGUGGCCAGACAGCUGAAGCGGAGGCAGAAGAACCGAGUGGCGGCCCAGCGGAGCCGGCAGAAGCACACAGACAAGGCCGAUGAGCUGCACCAGCAGCACGAGUGGCUGGAGAAGGACAACCAGGCCCUUCGGAAGGAGAUCUGGUCGCUGCAGGCCGAGGCGAAGCAGUGGAUCCGCGCCUUGGAGGAGCAUCAGCGGGUCUGCCUCAUGGCUGCGGGUCCCUCCUCCGGCCAGACCGGUCCGGAUGGCUGGAUCGGCACCGAGCCGGCUCCCCUGGUGCCCCCCGCUGGGGAGCUGGGCCUCCGUAGAGCACAGACCUUUCCCAGGCCCCCCAAGGCCCCGUCUCCCCGGCUGCUCCAUCCCCUCCUCCAUCUUCUCCCAUGGCGGCCCCGGGUCCUCCCAGCCUCUUCUCUGGCCGCGCUCUCUGCGCUCCUCCGACUCCUCUCCUAGUCGCCUCACCUCCAGCGGCGUCC